CAGAAGCAACCAGCACUUUUCAGAGAGGCCACGGGACUUUUCAUCCGCAGACAGCAGCGCUUCUAGACCGCCCGAGCACAGCCGACAUGUCGGAGAGACGUAUUCCUUUCAGCCUGGUCCGCACCCCGAGCUGGGAACCAUUCCGGGACUGGCCCCAGAACACCCGCAUCUUCGACCAGGCCUUCGGCAUGCCAGCCCUGCCCGAGGACUUUGCCGCAUUCCCCAGCACCCACUGGCCCGGUUACAUGAGGCCGCCUUUCCUGACCCCGGACUUCGGAGCCGUGAUGCCCCAGAUGAUGUACCCCAACCACAUUAUGGCCAACCAGGCUCGGGCCCUGACCCGACAGGUGAGCAGCGGCAUUUCUGAGAUCAAGCAGACACAGGACAACUGGAAAGUGUCCCUGGACGUCAACCACUUCUCCCCUGAGGAGCUGGUGGUAAAGACCAAGGAUGGUGUUGUGGAAAUCUCUGGCAAACACGAGGAAAGGAAGGACGAGCACGGGUUCGUGUCCAGAAACUUCACCAGGAAAUACACACUCCCCUGUUCAGCCAACGUGGAGAAGGUGACCUCGUCCCUGUCUCCUGACGGGGUCCUGACUGUGGAGGCUCCUCUGACCAGGCCCGCCAUCGAGUCCUCAGAAACUACGAUUCCUGUCAAGGUGGACGGCAAAGUUGACGUGGUGAAGAAGUAGAGAGAAGAGAGGCACAGUUCCCCCCGUCCACGUCCUCCACACCCAAAACCCCCCAACACACACACAGUCAUGUAAGCGUUUUAUAUCUGCACAAUCUGAAGGAGGUGAAGAGACAUCUCACCAGUGUUUGUAAGCUCUUAUUUCUUCUCCGUGCUGUGUGAACACAUCUGGAUCACUGCCUCUUCCUCCAGAAGAACACACACUCUUUUUCUGAUCUCGAUUAGUAAAUCCUUGUCGUGCUGCCUUUUCAAAAACGUUCAAGACUGCUAAGCGAGCUGUAAAAGAAGUCUUUAAACCCAAGAACCAAGAAACCAAGACCCAUUCUAGCUGCACACUGCUGUUCCUAGUAACUCUCAUGACUGAUACUGAUCACAUGUUUCUGGACUGGAAGACAGCUGGUUUCAUCUGAAGUUGUCUUUGGAAACAAAGUUCUCAGCCACUGAAAAGCAAAUAAAGAGCCCAGAACAUA